AUGUAUCAUUACUCCAGUCCACCACCGGGGUGGUCGACCUACGACUACAGUCAGUCGCCACCCACCUCGCCUCACUACGCCUACUACGCCUCUCAGUACGCCAACGCAUACGCAUCGCCUCGCGGCACGCGACGACACACCCGCAAGGCCAGCUACACGGCCACCAAAGACCCCAGCUAUUACUCGGGGCACUCGCAACCUUACUACGAGGCGACGCCAGAAUAUGGCAUGCCGCGCAAGCACGAUCAUGUAAGUGCUUCUUUCGCGGGCUCGCCCAAACACCGUCGCACCCAUACGACCGGUCAUCCUGCGGGGGGUGGCCUCGGCACCGGUACCGGCACCGGAUUCAGCUCGCAAUGGCAGCACCAGCCCAUCUUCGUAGAUGUGGUUGACGAUGCAUUCGAUGUUCCGCGCUACGCUUCGCGCGAGCAGCCCCGACCUCGCCCAGGCCGUCCCCCGGCUUCGACUCCCAAACGAGAUGGCCCCCCAGGCCACCGUCGCGCCGCUUCGACCUCUCAUCGCAAAUCAAAUCCACCCGCUGAUUCUCACUUUUACUUCAAUCAGGUUCCUAACAACGAGGACAUCGAAUCAGCCCGUCGCUCCCAUGCUCGUCGCCAGUCCACUUCCACUCGCACUCCGAACAAGCCCAAGCCCGCUCCCGCCUCCAAGCCGCCACCCGUCGCCACCGAGGAUGAUGCCGAGCGCGCCGGAAUCCCACCCGGCUACUCGAUCAAGAACUGGGACCCUACCGAGGCCCCCAUCAUUCUCCUCGGCAGUGUAUUCGACGCCAACUCUCUCGGCAAGUGGAUCUACGACUGGACGGUUUUCCACCAUGGCGCAUCGACACCCAUGGCCGAUGUGGCAGGCGACUUGUGGCUUCUGCUGAUCAAACUCGCGGGCAAAGUAAAGCGAGCCGAUGAAUGUCUUCCGCGCAUCCAGCGCCAGGAAGCGGCAGAAGUGGUUGAAGACUUCCUGGAAAGCGGUGAUCGACUGUGGACGCGGUUCAAGAAGCUUCUCAAAGCAUGUGAGAUGUUCAUGUGGAAGGCUGCCAAGCGGGAAGGUGGCAAGGGCCCGGUUUCCAUGGGCCGCAAUGCAGGCUGUGAAUUUGUCGACUCGAUAUUCGGCCGCGACCGGGAGCUUGAGAACACGGAGAAGCUGAUGAACAGUAUCCGGCUGUGGAAUAUGCGGUUCGACGCCAACUGUGAAGACAUCCUUCGCCGACCGUCUGCCAAAUAG